AUGCACUUGGUUGUUUUAAUCAAAAUGGAUAAUAAUUUAUUGGUGAUGGAUCAUAUAAAGGCGAGAAAAAUUGGGAGGUGGAUAGAAUUAGAUGAAGGGUUUUAGGUUAAUAAAUAAGUCAUUUAUAAUGGUGAAUAUAAUGCAAAGAGUAUGAAGAUAGGUAAAUGGAUUAUUGUAUUUUGGGGAAAUAAUAUGUGCGUUUAGGGUGAUAAUAUUGUAGUGGUGGUGGAUCAUAUGAUUAUAAGAAAGGCUAGAAAAAGAUUGGAACAUGGAUAGAAUUAGAUGAAGGGUUCGAUUAUUAUAAAUAAGUCGCUUAUAAUGGUGAAUAUAAUAUGAAGGAUAAGAAGGUAGGUAGAUGGGAUAUAUGGUGGAAAUACAAUGGUUAGAAUAAAUAAAUGUAAAAUAUUAUUUAAGGGCAAUUUGUUAGUGGUGAUGGAUCAUAUGAUUAAGGAGAGGAUUAGAAAAAGAUUGGUAGUUAGGUAGAAGUAGAUCCAAUCUUUUAUGAUUAUAAAUAAGUCACUUGUAGAGGUGAAUACAACUUGAAGGGUAAGAAAGUUGGUAUAUGGGUGUAAAUAGAUAUAAAGGAAAAUAAGAAAUGUGGAGAGAAAAAAAAAUUGAUAAUUGAAUACUAUUGCAAGAAUGUAUAUGAAAUAGAAAAUUGUUUCAUUUCAAUUUAUUCUCUUAACUAUUGGAUCAUUAUUCAUGACGAGUUCAAUGAUUACAAGUUUCUAGUGAACUUAAUCAGAGAGUUUAAAAUAUAUCAAUUAAUUUUGGAUAUGUUACAAUUUUAGAUAAAAUAGAUUUUAAUCUCUAUAAGCUUAUAUUUUCUGAGCAAAUGA